GAAAGGUCUUUGUUUUCAUGUUUGAACAGUGACCCUGAGUCACAUCCGUUAAAUGUGAAAUUGGAUAGAUUUUCUCGCCGUCAAAUGUCAGUUUUUGGCUCCGACAUCGUCGCUCUGUUUCUUUCAGGUUCCGCCAUGAACUGAAGGGCGAUCAACGGAAACAACUCAAGGCAAGAGAGGGUCAUUGUGUUUGGCGAAGACAAGACAUGGGUUUGGAAGAGGCUGGGGAUUUGGUCCUUCACAUCAUCUUGUCUGAAUUGGGUCCCGAGGGCUCCGCUAGAGUGUCCUGUGUGAGCAAGCGCCUUAGGGUUUUUGCCUCCGAAGAUUCCCUCUGGUCACUCUUCUGCUUUCGCGACCUCAAUCUCUCCACGCCUCUCGAUCCCCAUGGAAACCUUUCUCCUUCCUUCAAGGCGGCAUAUCUAUCAUGGAGGGAGGCUUUCGGGAUGUACCCUUGGACUCUGGUUAAACGGGUUAACCGUUGUUGGGGCAAUCUCAAAAGCUGGUUGAGUAUAAACUUCCCCGAAGCAGAGGCUACAUUGAAAAAGGGCGCCACAGAAGCCGAUAUUCAUGAGUUGGAGAGUGCUCUGAAAGUGAAACUCCCGCUUCCGACAAGGGUUCUCUACCGUUUCUUCAACGGCCAAGAGUUCAGCUGCCAGUCUCUGGGUCUUAUAGGUGGCUAUUCGCUUUAUUCUCACGUGGUUAAUGUCUCCUUGCUGCCUCUUGGGGGCGUGAUUAAAGAAACGAAGGAAAUCAUCCGCCAGCUUGGUUUCUCGAGGAGAUCGAAGUAUAUAGUUGUGGCGGUAUCAUCCACAUUCAAUUUCAAAGUCUUUUUCCUCAACUGCGCUAAUGGGCAGCUUUAUGUCGGGACGAGGAAUUUAGUGACGGAAGGGGAAAUGCUUCCAUGUGUGCCCGAUUCUCUGAUAAGGUCGGUCCACGAUGUUAGUGGCGAACAGCAACAGGAUGGGAUGCUGCUUUGGUUGGAAGAACAUGUCCGCCGAUUACAAAAUGGCACCAUAAAAAUCCGUGAACAGGAAAACACCAAAACUAUCAGUUUGUUCCCGGAGAUUCCUCCCUUGUGUUCUGUUGCUGCGACAAACGGUGUGCAGGUCCGUGCAUCAUCGGUUUUUAUUCCCGAGGUAGCUGAUCUGCAAAGCGAAACGCAGAAAUACUGGUACGCGUAUACAAUCCGCAUGUCUCUCCUGCCGGAAGGCUGCAUCUUAAACGGGAUACACCAUAGUUCAUGCCAACUGCAUAUGAGACAUUGGCUUAUCCGUGCCAAUAAUGCUAUAAUAGAUGAUGUCAAUGGAGAAGCUGUCAUAGGAAUGUACCCUUUCCUUCGAGCCGGAUCAGAGGAAUUCGUGUACGAGAGUUGCUCCAGCCUUCCUGCUGCUUCUGGUUCGAUUGAAGGCUCUUUUACAUUUGUGCCCGGAAGUCUGACAGAUCCAAAAGGCGGUCCAUUCGAAGCGAAGGUGGCGGAGUUUCCCCUCCAGCUGCCGGAUUACAUUUUCUAGCAUAAUCUUGGGUCAUGAUCCUCAUCGUCAUCGUCCGUACUGUGUGGCUGUGUGCUUAAACAAGGCCAACAAUGGCGGUUUGCGAGUACGUUUGUUUAUGAUUCUGCAGUUCUUGUGGUCGACUCGUAAUUCUUACUACAAUAAGAUAAAUCGAAGUUACAUUUCGAAUA